AUGGCGCCACUACAGAGGCCUGCAUGGCAACCUGCACUCAAGACCGCCCAGAAGCGCAAUUCUGGAAAGCAGCUUAAGAGAGAAUGGAGAGGGGCACCACAGAGCACACCCCGCCACAGGAGACACCACCAUGUAUCACGCAGCUGCCUACUUGAACCCCGAUCCGGCUGUCACCCUCGGGCAGUGGGUAAAGAGCAAUCUGCGAGCAGAUCCCGAGCUAUUAUCUGGAACAUCAACGACCCGCGGCUGCGGGAGAGCCCAGAACUGGACUGGGCCAGACAUUCCCACCUCGGUACCGAUCGAUGUCAGCAGCGAUGCCGUUCCAGGCUGAGCGCCAGGAUGGCAAAGGAUUUGGACUUGCCUAAACAGGUACCAUCGCUAUCACUGAAGGGGAUUGGCUGA